AUGAGCGAAUCUCCUAAGUUAAUCUGUCUUGGUAACCCAUUGUUGGAUAUUCAAGCUACUGUGAAUGCCGAAUACUUGGCUAAGUACGGUUUGAAGGCCAAUGACGCGAUCUUGGUCGACGCUGCGUCGUCAGACCCUAGAAUGGCUAUCUUUGACGAGCUUUCUAAAAUGGACAACGUCAAGUUCAUUGCUGGUGGUGCCGCUCAAAACAGCGCCAGAGGUGCUGCCUACGUUUUGGGUAAGGGCCAGGUGGGUUAUUUCGGCUGUGUGGGAGAAGACCAAUUCUCGAAGCAAUUGUUAGCUGAAAACGAUGCCGCUGGUGUCAUUUCAUUGUACCAGGUGAAGCCUGAUAUUGGAACCGGUAAGUGUGCAGCUAUGAUCACUGGCCACAACAGAUCCUUGGUGACUGACUUGGGUGCUGCUAACCACUUUACUCCAGACCAUUUGGACAAGCACUGGUCUCAAGUCGAGAAUGCUUCCUUCUUCUACAUUGGUGGUUUCCACUUGACUGUUUCUCCAGAAGCUAUCGUGAAGUUGGGUAAACACGCUCAAGAAACUGGAAAGCCAUUUGUUUUGAACUUGAGUGCACCAUUCAUUCCUCAAUUCUUCAAGUCUGCCGUUGAGCAAGUGUUGCCAUACACCACUAUUGUUAUCGCCAACGAAUCUGAGGCAGCUGCCUAUGCCGAAUCUUUUGGACUUGAGUGUGAAAACGAUGACUUAGUUUCCAUUGCUAAGCACAUUGUUAAUGGCUCUACCACAAGAACCGUGAUUUUCACUCAUGGUUUGGAACCAACUGUUGUUGUCUCCGCUGCCGGUGAUGCUUCUUUCCCUGUGAAGCCAUUGGCUGAGAACAAAAUUGUUGACACCAACGGAGCCGGUGAUGCUUUUGCUGGUGGUUUCAUGGCUGCGUUGGUUCAAGGCAAGAAAAUCGAAGAAGCAAUUGAUGUUGGUCAAUGGUUAGCUUCAUUGUCCAUCCAAGAAGUUGGUGCUACCUAUCCUGCCGAAAAGCUUCAAUAUCAAGCUUAA